CACACACCACCACACACCACCACACACCACCACACAUCACACACCACAAUGGGUCAAGCAAUAUCCACUCCCUACACAUGUCCACAAUGUCGCGGUCCCUUCCCACAAUCAAGCAAACACUGUCCAUCCUGCGGUUACGCAAACCACAUCUUCAUCUCAGCAGCACGCUACGGUGUCCCUUCCCCAUCCCGCUCAUCCACAGAAAGGGCCGCAGCUCUCCAGGCCGCUCCUGCUGAUUCUACCCCCUGCGCCUACUGCGCUUGGCCCAUCAGGAAAGGCCAGAUGUACUGUAAUGAAUGUGGGCACCCGCAGCCCGCGACAGAGGACCCGGCGUGGACACCGCGUACUCGGCAGCUCAUGCUCCGCUCUCCUUCUGCCCGUUCACCCGCUCGCAGGGAACGCGACCUCGAACAGCUAGACGACCGGCGGGCAGCAGAAGUGCCUCAUCCAAUGGGCGUAGAAGCGCUCGUCACCCCCACAGGGCGCCCUACACGCAAGCUCGAAGCACUCAGUAACGCCCUCUUCACCCUCCUCACUUCUUCAAACUCGAACGCGCUCACCGGUUCCCAUUCUAAGAAACAGCUCGUCGAUAUCCCCCGCUUAAACUACCUGGAACACAAACUUGGUCGCAGACCGGAAUAUAUGCUUUCCUCCUUUGACCCCAGCGCUGUGCUAGCAGUGUACAAGAGCAUGAACCUGGAGCACACCCUGGUGCCUUUUCCUCCUCCUGCGCAACAGCUAGACGCGCCAUGUUUGACCAGGCUCGGGCUUAUGCAGUACCUGCAGCAUGGGAUCCUGUUCGAUCCACACGAAGCAGUCCGCGAGCUGCAGCAGCUUGUAGCCGACACCCCCGAGCUCCCCGCCCCACCAGCUUGGCUCGCCAAUGCCCAGGUACGCGCUGGCACUCUCCAGCCUGGAGGGAAAGGCGCUUGGAUCAUAGAGGAGAACAUGGCGCUCUCCAAGCCCCAUCCGUUGGCGGAACAGAGGCAGGAGAAGGUGUUGAUCGAUCUGGAACAAAUGGGCUUUCCGAUACCUGGUGAUCCUCCCACACCGAGGAGGCGCAGGCGCAGGCCUGAGGCACUCGCUGCGCCUCUCAAUUCGGCGGCGGCGGGGGGGAUGGGGGAAGAAUUCCUCUCCCCGCAUACGAACCCGUACCACGCCUUUCCCUGGGGGUCCUAUCCCUCCCCUUACACACCCUACACGCCCUACGCCCACCUAUAUGCCCACCCCUACCAAUCCCCGAUGCCCUGGGCCGCCUACCCGCCUCACCCCUACUCACCGCAGAGGAGCCCAUACAGGCUUUCCCCAGCCCUGCCACAGGAUGUGUACCGGCCUCUGGCAGGAGGAGCAGGGGCAGGGGUGGGGGGGAGCCCGAGGGCGAGGGCGUUGGCUGCUGCGGCGGCGGCGGAGGAGGAUUGGGACUAUAGGGAUUUUGAGGAUAUUCGAUGAGCGUGCGGGGGUAUGGAGCAGAAGUACUGGGUACGCUGGACGGUGUUAGGAGGUUGUGAGGGUGCUAUGGUGUGUUGUUGAGAAGGUGAAGUCUUGAAUGCCCUGGAAGGCUGCUUGGAGGUUGUGCCGGUUGGUUGUUCGUUGUUCGUUGUUCGUUGUUCGUUGUUCGUCGUUCGUUUCGUUUCUGCUCGUUUUGCGUUUUGCGCUCUCUGCGCGCUUUGCUCGUUUAUCUUUUUGGGUUGAGAGGCUGUGAUCUGAUGCUGAUGUGAUUGUACGCCUAUCGUGUACUUAAAGGAAAAG